UCAUACAGUUUCAAAUAGCCUGUCGGACUAAUAUUUCAUAAUGAAACUCUUACUAGCAAUAUCUUUGGCUGUUUUGGCCAUCUACGUGGUCCCUAAGGUUUCUGGAGCAUCUACGGGUACAGGUACAAGCGCCGGAAGUGGUUCUGGAUCAGGAACCGGAACAGGAACAGGAACUGGAACAGGAACUGGAACAGGAACUGGAACAGGAACUGGAACAGGAACAGGAACUGGAACAGGAACAGGCACAGGAACUGCCACAACAACAACAACUACAAUAGCUCCCACAACAACAACAACAACCUCCGAACCAGUCACCAAAAAAACAGUCCACCGCCGAAGGCGAAGGCGCAUCAUCAUCAAGAAAAUCAUACACAGACAUGCUGCAACUGAAAGGACAAAACGUCGCAGGGGUUAAGACUUAUCGCUAAAGACUUUUUGAAAAUAUAUUAAUAUACAUAGCAA